AUGCCUCCCGACCACGAAGCUCAAGAGCCUAUGCUCUCCGUCUCACACCCACCAUCACACUCGCCAUCUCCUUCUCCCUCUCCCUCCCCGACACCCCCGUCUCCUCUUCCGCCAUGGGUACGCCCGAACUUACAACGGCCUACAUCCAACUCGCAGCGCCUCUCAACGCCAUACUCGCGCUCCGCCGCCGCCAACAACGACUCCUCCGAGCCCUUCGGCCGCCGGAUAAUGCGCGCCAGCGUAUCCUUCUCCAACAAGAUGCUCAAGCUAUUCUACAGCAUGACCCUCGUCCAACGCAUCGUCGCCGUGUCCGCCGUGGUCGUCGUCAACGUCCUCCUGAUCCUGUUCCUCGUGUACUCGCACCGCAUCUUCGCCGCCCUGGCCCCCGUCGCCAAGGGCUGGCGCGCGCUGCCCGGCGGGUGGGUCAUCGUCUUUCUCAUGACGUGCGCGUCGGGCUUCCCGCCUAUGAUCGGCUAUAGCACUUGCAUCACCAUCGCCGGUUUCGUCUACGGGUUCCCGGGCGGCUGGCCCAUCGUCGCCAGUGCCACUGUCUUCGGGUCUACCGCCGCGUUUCUCGCCAGCAGGACGAUAUUCAGCGGAUACGUGCACUCGCUGGUCGGCGCGGACAAGCGAUUUGUCGCUCUAGGACAAGUUCUCCGCCGAGACGGAUUGUUAGUCCUAGCCGCUAUCCGCUUCUGCCCGCUGCCGUUCAGUCUCAGCAACGGAUUCCUCGCCACAAUCCCCAGCAUUUCGCCGUGGCGCUUCGCGCUCGCCACAGCCAUGGCUUCCCCCAAGCUUCUCGUGCACGUCUUCAUCGGCAGCCGGCUGGCCUUACUCGCCGAGAGCGGGGACACCAUGAGCGCAGGCGAUAAGGCUAUCAACUACCUAAGCAUGCUGCUCGGCAGCGCCGUAGGGAUCACCCUCAGCCUGUUUAUAUACCGGCGCACGAUGGCGCGUGCCAGGGAACUUGCGCGCGAAGAGGCUGCUGAGAACGGAGUCGCGGUAGAUGGGGAACUAGACGAGGAGUUAGAUCUAGGGUAUGGAGACUUGGAAGAAGGAAGACGGCAGCGAGCUGGGGAGGCGGAUGAGGCGGCGCUGAUGGAUGAUGACGAUAUCUCGCUGUGGGAGACGGAUGCUGUUGAUGGAGGAUAUAAGGAUGAUUCGGAGGAAGAAGAUACUGCCGGAAAAGGGAAUGGAAAGAUUUCUAACGGAGAGCAUCGAUAG